CCGAGCCGCGCUCGGUGCCGGCGCCGCAGGGACAGCCCCAUCGGGCCACGAGCACCGCCCCGCGCGGGCCCUUAAAGGGCCCCGCCGCCCGCCUGCCCGCGCCCGUCCGUCCGUCCGCCCGUCCGCGCCGCCGGUCCCUCCGUCCCGCCGAGCCAUGAGGCAGCUCGCCCUGCUGCUCUGCGCCGCCCUGACAGGCUGCACCGCGGCGCGGCUGGCGGAGCCGGCGCUGCGGGCAGGAGCAGAAGGAAGAGAGGGUCCCAUCACCGAGCCGCUGGAGCGUGCGCCGGCAGCCAAGCCGCCAGUCAAGUUCAAUCUCCGCUCCUCGUCGGACACCGAGGAAGAUGGUUGUGCGCUCACCGUUGGCCACCGCGACUGUUUGGAGGACUGCAGAUUCAACGUGACGGCGAAAACCUUCUUUAUCAUCCACGGCUGGACGAUGAGUGGCAUGUUUGAAACCUGGCUGGGUAGCUUAGUGUCUGCCCUUCAGGAGAGGGAGAAGGAUGCCAACGUGGUGGUGGUGGACUGGCUGACGCUUGCCCACCAGCUGUAUACUGAUGCUGUGAACAACACACAGAUCGUGGGGAAGAGCAUCGCAAGGCUGCUUGACUGGUUGCAGGAGAACCCCCUCUUCAAGCUUGAGAAUGUCCACCUGAUCGGGUACAGCCUCGGUGCCCACGUCGCUGGCUUUGCUGGUAACCAUGUCCAUGGGACAAUAGGCAGAAUUACAGGCUUAGAUCCAGCUGGCCCAAUGUUUGAAGGGGUGGACCCUAGCAAGCGCCUCUCCCCUGAUGAUGCCAGCUUUGUGGAUGUCCUUCACACCUACACAAGGGAAACACUCGGUGUGAGCAUCGGGAUCCAGAUGCCUGUAGGCCACGUUGACAUCUACCCUAACGGGGGAGACUUCCAGCCUGGCUGUGGUUUGAGUGAUGUCUUGGGAGCGAUCGCCUAUGGCACAAUUGGAGAAGUUGUUAAAUGUGAACACGAGCGGUCUGUGCACCUCUUCGUGGACUCUCUGGUCAACCAAGACAAGCAGAGCUUCGCCUUCCAGUGCACUGACUCCAGUCGCUUCAAGAAGGGCAUCUGCCUGAGCUGCCGCAAGAACCGCUGCAACGGCAUCGGCUACAACGCCAGGAAGACUCGGAACAGGAGGAACAGCAAGAUGUACUUGAAAACAAGAGCAGACAUGCCAUUCAAAGUCUACCAUUAUCAGAUGAAAAUGCAUGUCUUCAGCUACAACACCUUGGGAGAGGUGGACCCUACUUUCUCUGUCACCCUUCAUGGCACCAAUGGAGAUUCUGAACCACUCCCUCUAGAAAUGCUUGAUCAAAUUGGCCUCAACGCUACUAACACCUUCCUGGUCUAUACUGAAGAGGACAUGGGUGAACUACUGAAAAUAAAGCUCACCUGGGAGGGAACAUCUCAGUCGUGGUAUGAUCUGUGGAAAGAGCUGAAGAGCUACUGGUACCGACCUGUGAAGGCUGUCCAGGAGCUGCAUGUUAGGCGUAUACGUGUGAAAUCAGGGGAAACCCAGCAGAGGUUUGCUUUCUGUGUGGAAGAUUCCCAGCUAACCAGCAUAUCUCCUGGUAAAGAGCUCUGGUUUGUGAAAUGCACAGAGGAGUGGCAAAAAAGGUGGGAGCAAAGCAGAUCUGUCUCAAAUAUGCUCUGAAGAUUUCUCUAAAGAUGCUCGACAGAGCAGCCUAGAUAUAUGAAGACCACACAGGUGGCAAGAAAAAUCCAUCUUGGUAGCACUUAAAGCAACUAACUCUUCAGGACAAACCAUCUUGGAUCAGAUGCAAGAAUCUGAGGAGAGCAACUGAUGUACUGUGGUCCUAGACCUAGAGUAACUAAUAACUAUGUUCUCCCACCCCUAAGGAGCCUGGUUUGUGCAUUUAACUUUACCCUGACCUGCUACAUGCUGUGUUUCCUGCCCUGCUCCAGUUAACCAGAGCUAUGGAAGAGAUCUUCAGAGAUCUAAACCUCAGCAAUGAUCUUCUGGUUUGCCUACCAGUGGAGUUGAGAAGAUAAACCAUGCUAACUGCCCAUCAGACUGCUGGUGAUGGAGCUGCCAAGAACAAGCUAGCAUCUAACACAAGAAUUACCAUGGAUCAAAUAGCACUAUGGGAAACACAGGUCAAGCAUGGGGAGGUUGUUCAGGGAAGGAAUGGGGAUAAGCACAAUGCCACUUAGCUUCAAAUUGUCCUUCGCUUGCCUUUAAAAAUAAUCUGCUCUGUGUCUGGCUGAUACCAGAACCUCUAUAUAUUACCUUAUGAGAAGGUAGUACUCUGUCCUUCCUCUUCCUAGAGCAGGAGAAGGUGCAGGUGGUAGGUGAUGGGUGGUGGAGAUGGCAGGUGAUGGUGCAGCUGCAUGGUUAUGGUGUUGGCAGCUGCUCCUUGCUCCCCAGGCAGUGUCUGCAGCAAGACUGCCCCAUCCUGCUUGCUGAUCUCCUGAUAGGAGGCAAAUGGCAUCUGCCCUUCUGCUGACCAUAGAGGAGGAGGAAGGUAAUGAACCAUACUGCUUCAGAAAAGCUUUGCACCACUCCUUUUAACUACUGUGGAUACACUGACCUCUGUUCAGAUGCUGUUGUAGUACCAGUGCAGAAUUAAGACCUUGUUUUUGUGCAACAUAUUUAACUGAGCCAAGCAGACAACAUCCUACCCUCAUGGCCUCAUCUUGGUUGGAUCGCCUGGUGCCAGGUUAACUUGGCUUUGCUCAGAGUCUGACAGACCUCACACCUGUCCUGUUGGCUACAGCAGAGUGGACCUUGUCAGAAGUGAGUUACAGGUGAUUUUGUGUUUUCCUUUCUGGGAGAAGACUUGGUAUAACAACUUUAAAACUUUUGGCGUGCAGAAAGGCAGUUGUAAAACGUAGUUGUUCUGAAGGCUGAUCAAGUCCUUCCGAGGCCUGCAGCUCUGAGGUUUUGUAGAGCUUCAAUCCAACCACAGCAAGCACCCUUGGAGAUCUUUUUAUUGUUAUUUUCCAUGGUUUUAUGCAAAGGCUUCAAGAACUGAAGCCUUUGAUACCUGUGACUUGUCACCGUGCCAUACUUAGAGUGGUGUCAAAGCCCUGUUUGUAUAUUGUGGAUUUUGUAUGACUUAAAACAUAAUUUAUUUCUCCUGUUGUACAUAUGUAAAGUUUUAAACUUUUUUGGGGUUUAACAGUUUUUAUAAGCCUUACAACAAGAAAAGAAUAAAAUGCUUUAUAAAAAAAAAAAA